GUUGCUUCUACGUCAUCUUCCUGUCUCCUUGGAGGUGUUUUGUUUCUGCCGAAAGUUCCGAGUCACGACCUAGAGAUCAGCCUCGCCCGAAUCACGCUGGUUCCCGUCGCGCUGAGGGACCUAAAUGUACGAUUGGAUUUCUUCUUUGUCCUUUGCCGUUCUAUGCACUUGUCAAUGACCGCAGCCAUGAAUCUAUUGCACAUGCGGCCGUUGCUCCCUUUAGGCGAUGCCAUGUGUCCUAUGUCUUUCUACAUUGGCAACGUUGCACAGCCCUAGAGAAUCAAACGCUUUCAGGAGGUUGAGGGGCUUUCUUGUGCGUAUACCGGAAGGACUCCCCGAACUUUGCUAAGGAAGGUCUUUACUAGAGACAACGCGUCAAGGCAGUAUGCCGCACGCAGAAGGUGGUCAGUCCCAGCCAGCCUCAACAUCAACGAGACUCGCUUGGAUCCCCAGCUCGUGCAUCCGAAUACCUGGCUUUCUUCGUAGACCAAUUCCCAAAAAUAAGUAAAGAGGAAACUGGUGCUUUUACGGUGAAAGGGCAGGACUUACUGUCGAACUUUAUGUUCACGCUCAGCCCAUCGCCUCGAGAGCCUGGACAGGACUCAGAUGCCGCAAGCAUUUCUCCAGGACUGGGUAACCGACCAUUCUAAUAUGUUUUUGAUAGUCCCUUGACCUGCUGUGUUCUUUCUGGUUUCUGUGAGAUCUCCCGCUCGGAAGAAACGUGCUCCCACUGUAGUUGGAAGGAGCGGUAUCGGCGGCACGUGCACUCGAGAGCGCGAGACUAGAAGCGUCACCGUAUCUACAGGCAUGUCGGCAUUGGCAGCGAACAUGUCCGACGGGCGAGAUAAAUUGUGCAAGAGCUGUCCAGGGGGAAGCGACGUGAACGCACUGGAGCCAAUCAGGUGCCCCGUGUCUCUUGUUCAAUGAAUCCAGCUCAAGUCCGUGCGACGAAAUGGCGCAACUCGCUGCAGUCGAUUCUUGUGCGAUUGCCGAGAACGGCGCUUCUACAACACAGGAAAAUAGAUUGCCGCCGGAACCACCGCUGGAACCUCCGCAGUUGUCACCGACCACGAGCCACUCUAAUGAAAGGGAUGGGGAAGAAUUUGGUUUCCGCCGCGAACAGUCGGCGUUGUUUCCUCCACUUACCAACACUCCCCUAACUCUUCACUCCUACAGAGACUCGUCGGUAUCGUCUUUGAUGUUUGGCCUGCUCUGUUGCUUGCUGAACAUUGCCCUUUAUCUGGUAAGUGGUGAGAUUUCAAGGCUUCUGCAACAGGAGAAAGAGCUCCAGAGGCACCAGUCCCUUCACUAUGUGUGCCCCCCUCAAGUAGAUGAUGAACAUGGGCUUCUCAUGGAGCCUCCAGGUCCCUCAGACCCUCUUAACCGAGACAAAAACAGAGCAGCUCCAUGUACCAUACGGUCCGCGGACUCGGAUGUCAAAACGAGAGUAGUUGUUUUGAACAUCCCCUACUUCAUGUCAUGGUGUUCUCAGUCACUGCAGUUUUGUUUUCUAUUUUUUGCCAUUGCGGCGAUCAAACGAAGGAGGCGAAGGCCGCAAGGAAAUCGGAUCAAUCCUCUGCCGAGUUUUCGACACAUACAUGGAUUAAGUCGCUGUUCCAGUGGUGCCCAGGAGGGAGGCGGUCCUAGCGACUGUGGGCCCUCGUCGCCGAGGGGAAGUACCCACGUUGUGCAGCUUACUGAAGAAUUGUGCAAGAUGGAUAUAAGGCAGAGGGGAGAGUACUUCCCUCUGGACAGAAGCGAGGGCCGGAUAUCUGCAGCGUCCUGUUCAGACGAUCCCGGUAGACGGACGGCCAUGCAGCCUCAGAUUGUCUGUGAAGCUUCCGACAAGAGCGAAGGGGUAGGAACUGAUGAAGUCUCGUGCUCAGCCUUAAAGGGUGUCUACCCACCCCUGGAGACCGACGCAGAUUACGAUGCAGGCGUGAUACCGACGCAGCAACAGCCCGGGCAGCAUCCGUUUCCUCGCAAAUCGAAAAACACGACCUCAGGAGUUUUGAGCAACCCUCUUGGUUGUGGAUCAGCAGAGAAGGACCUUCACCAGCCACUGAUAUCUAGCGAGGCCACUACGGCAGGGACUGGACCGACGUGUAUGCAAAGAGUGGCUGGGAAGGAUGUUUCAAACUUCAUUGACAAUGGUAUUGAAACCGGAGACGGCAAGGAUUCUGCGGAGAAGGUCCGCUGGGCAACAAAUGUAGAAGAAGUCUUGCUGUACAGUGCUCUACAGGAACAUAGAGAGACGCACAUGGCGAAUGGAUGUAACUCAGAGCGUCGCUGCGCAGUUUCAAGGCGACAUAGUGAUUCUGACGCAUACACAGAGCGGAACCUUUCGCAGACUGAGGACUUACAGGAACAGGAGGCAACACUCCCGGAGGAGUCAAAGUGGUCUCGCGUCAGAACACUUCCUGUGUCGUGGAUGUGCGUAGUGGGAAGCGGUCUGGCGCAUUUCAAUGCAGAGACCGUCGAAGCUCUUUGGAUGCACCACAUCCAACCCCGUUUUUCGAGGUACAUCGGCGCUCCACUGCAGCAGUACAUCUGUACUCCCUAUGUCAGGGAUACGUACAGAAUUGUGAAGGAUUUUGUGGAGGCCGAUUUGCAAUACUCCAGUUUCAAGGAACUGAUUUGGGCAUGCAUGUGGAUCGGAGCCCUCUACCUGUUGCAUUCCUGGACAUGGACACUCGCGGUGGGCACGGACGGAAUGAGUGUGGGAACAGUAACAGCCAUAUAUAACAUGAACCCUGUGUUUGUCUUUCUAUUUACGGUAUUGCUUUACAAAGAAGGAACAGAGGACUGCGUGCAGAUUGCCGCUCUCGUCCUGGCUACGGUUGGAGUUGCGGCGAUAGCCUACAGCAAUGAGGGGGAGCCAACGUCAACUUCCGGAGUUUUGCUGUCCGUCGCCUGCGCCGCCACUUAUGGCCUGUUUGAAGUGGUUUACAAGAACUACAUUCUGAAUGGAAAAUCGAACCUUCCGUUAGCGUUUAUUUUUUUGAUAGUUGGCAUCAUAGGAAUGUUGAGCCUCUGUGUCUUCUGGAUCCCCUUGGCGUGUCUGCAUAUCUUCAGUCUGGAAGUGUUUCCAGGCUCCACGCCUCCGCCAUUUCUCAUCUUCCUCCUAAUUGUCGUCUGCGUCUGCAGCUGUCUGCACACUCUUCUUCUGCAAGUUUCCCUUUUGCUGCUCCCAUCUCCAAUUCUUGUCGCACUUUGUUCCUUGCUGUCGUUGCCUGCGGCAGCGGCGGCGGACUGGCUGAACGGGGGAGGUGGGGGCGUCGGCGGUAUUGGUACUUUCUUCAUUGCCAGUGCGUUUUUUAUCACAUCUGUGAACGAGUGGAGAAUUCAACGUCAAGAAAAGGCUCGCACAUACCGACGGCUAAUCUCUCUUGCAGAGCUGCAUCCUCGCGAGUAUGCCGAGCUCCGAAAACUCGUGGAGCUACCAGAUUUACCGCAGCCGCGAUACCGCCACAGACCGCCUCUAUUUGGACGUGCCUCGGAAGCAGAACCGCCAGAGGAGAGUGAACCAUCCCUGGAGUCCAUUGCUGCACAUCUCGUUGCGCAAAAGAAAGAUGAAGACGUGGGCGCCGAGCUGAAGGAAGUUCUCUGUGUUUUCGCUGCUCCUGCUGAUGAUGAAUUCUUCAUUGCUGAAAACGCCACCACUGUACUCUGAUGUACGCUGUUCGGGUGCAGGCUAAUGGCAAGCAGAUGGAUGGGGAAAAACGGCUGAAUGUGGGAAAGUACCUCACGGCAACAGCAACUCUGGCGGAUACUGUUUGUCUCAUACCAAAAAAAAUUUAGAGCUUUUCAUUGAUUCCGCCUAAACGGUUUCAUCGUCUCUUUGUGCUCAUGGGGGAGACUACGUUUCUUGUACAAAGUUGGCAGUGCUCUAAAUAGGCGAGACCUUGUUGCCUCACAGCGUUUUGAUUUCUUUCGAAACAUGCUGAGUCACAAACUUUUCAGCCGUG